AAAUUCAAACCCAUGGCAACCCUCGGCACCAAUGUGCCAAUCUUGUCCUGUGGUGGCUUGGCAAAGCGGUGGCUCAUCCCUGGCUGGUGCAUGGGCUGGAUCCUAAUUCAUGACAGGAGAGACAUCUUUGGUAAUGAGAUCAGGGAUGGCCUUGUAAGACUGAGUCAAAGGAUCCUAGGACCCUGUACACUUGUUCAAGGAGCACUGAAAUGUAUCUUGCACCGAACACCCCCUAAGUUCUACCACAACACCCUCAGCAUCCUCAAGUCCAAUGCUGACCUUUGUUAUGCUGCCUUAUCAGCUAUCCCUGGCCCCCAGCCUGUCGGCCCCAAUGGAGCCAUGUACCUCAUGGUUGAGAUUCAGAUGGAGCAUUUCCCUGAAUUUGAAAAUGAUGUGGAGUUCACAUGUUUUGAGUACUCAGACUUCUUCCGUGUGGUGAUCACUGUGCCUGAGGAGAUGAUCUUGGAGGCCUGCAGUCACAUUCAGGAGUUCUGUGAGAUGCACUACCAGUGUGCUAAGGAUUUGGAGUGUGACAAAUAG